AUGCCUACUGCAACCUCCGUAGCAGAGACAGAAGCCACAACUACGAUCCAAGAAGACACCAAUGAUGACAUUUUUGACAGAUUGCUCCUUGAGACCAGGACUGAAGAUAAUCAACCAAUUUUGAAUUACAAUGAAGAUAUCUUAGAACAUGAUAUUGAAUCAGACCCGGAACCAGACUGCAGCAAAGAUGAUCCGCCAAGUCUACUACAACCCCUCAUUGUGGAGCCUUAUUCGUCGGAAGAAUUGAAAAAACUAAGGGAAAAUGCGUGGGAGACUAUUCUGGUUCACAAAAUGCAACGCAAUGCUGAGGAAGAAAAAAAGAUCGCACUGGAAAAGGGUAAUAUAUUUCAAGGCAAGCCGUAUAUCACAGUGAUUGGAGAUGGAGGAUGGGCAAAACGAUCCUAUGGCCAUGGAAUGAGCUCUAAAAGUGGAGUGGACAUAAUCAUUGGGGCUGAAACAAAAAAGAUACUGUUCCUAGGAGUAAAGAACAAAUUUUGCUUCACAUGUAGUAACUCCAGGAAAAAGAGGCAAGAUCAUAUCUGUUACAAAAACUAUACCGGUCCUAGUACGGGUAUGGAGAGCAGCGUCAUCGUUGAAGGUUUCAAGAGAAGUGAAGAGGACUACGGUCUCAUAUACAAGUACUACAUUGGAGACGGUGAUUCUAGCGUUUUUGCUCGAAUUCAAGAAGGAUGCCAAUACGGAAGAUUUGUGCAAAAAAUUGAAUGCGCGAAUCAUGUCACACGAGCUUUGAGUGACAAUUUGCACAAGGUAGCCGAAAAUACGCAGUACCCUCUACAAUCUCGGCAACUUCUAAGCAAGCCGGCUCCAAACGAAUCCAUUACAAGACUUGAGCGGAUUGUAAAAGGGGUCAGGACCGCAAUAAAAACAUGCGGAUCCAGUACAAGUACGACAAAUGUGCCAAAACUUAGACAGGCCAUCACAAACUCACUGGACCAUGUGUUUGGAAACCAUGAACGAUGUGAAGAAUUUUGCGUAAGAAAGGAAUCAGGGGAAGAAAAUGUAAUAAUGCAACUAGAUCAUGAUUUUCUAAACAAAUUAAGGACCGUCAUUGGUAAUGUUGCGAGCAAAUGUCAAAGUCUUGUUUUCAAUGAAACCACCAAUCUUGCCGAGCGGUAUAUGGGGUAUGUUGCAAAGUUUACUGGGGGCAAAAGACUGAAUCUAACCACAGGUGGUUCCUACCAGCGGAGAUGUAUGGGUGCAGCCUUGGCACACUCUUCAGGGCCGAGCUGGCACCUUAGUCCCUGGAGGAAGUUUUCAUCUAGAAGUCCAGGAUCUUACUUCAAGAGGAAAAUACUGAUGAGAGAAAAGAGAAACUACCGGAGACGCUUGUACCUGGAAAAAAACCCACCUAAACGAAAACGCCGUCAAGGUGGUGGUGAGUAUGACAGCGAGUAUGGACCUUUGGCUGUAAACCCCGACAUCGAGGAGUCUGAGAUGGUCUCAAAAUGCUCAACCUUCCUUGACGAACUUCGGAAAGACGUUCAUUCUGGAAAUAAUAAUAUUGAACGCUCCACCAUAGGCCAACACACAAAUCCGCUUUGGAGAGAGAAGAGGAUAAACCGGCUCACAGCUUCCCGGUUUGGAUCUGUGGCAAAAAGGAAACCCCAUACAGAUUGCCACAACAUGGUUAAAUCGAUCCUCAUACAAAGACAACUAAACACUGACGCUGUCGCAUACGGCCGAGACAAUGAAGAGCGAGUUGUUCAAAUGUACGAAGAAAGAACUGGACUAAAGGUCGACCGGUGUGGCCUAUUCAUAGAUGAAACUUACCCAUUUUUAGGGGCUAGCCCAGAUGGAUUAGUGGAAAGCGAAGGCCUGAUAGAAGUCAAAUGUCUAUAUUCAAUUAAGGACACUUCUAUCGAAGACCACUUGAAAAGUAACAAAACCACAUGUAUUGAACUUGUCAGCGGAAAGCUUCGACUAAAAAAAAGUCACGACUACUAUUUUCAAAUUCAAGGUCAGUUGAACAUUGCCAAAAGAAAGUGGUGUGACUUCGUAGUUUUCACCAGAAAAGGAGAGUUGUUUGUUGAGAGGAUUGUUAUUGAUGAGGAAUUCUGGGCAAAAGUACUACCUAAAUUAGUACAGUUCUACCAGGAAUGCAUUUUGCCGGAAAUCAUCGACAGUCGCCUAGUUAGAAAUUUGAGGAUAAGGAAUCCCCCCUCCAUCAUUGAGGCCCAGCAACGAUUGAAAAACCGACCUAAAAGAGGGAAAAAAGUUGUUCAAGACACAGACCUUGAGAUUGGGAGACCGAAACGUUUGAAACUCCUUGGUUCACUAUAG